GCCUGGCACCCAAGAAGGCUGAGGACAAGCGGCCGUACACCAGCAUAUUGUACGGGAACGGGCCGGGCUACGCCAUCGCGAACGGGAGCCGUCCGGACGUGAGCAGCCUGCCCAUCGAGGACAAGGAUUACCGGCAGCAGGCGGCCGUGCCCCUGGACACCGAGACCCACGCCGGUGAGGACGUCGCUAUAAUGGCCAAGGGCCCCAUGGCCCACCUCUUCCACGGGGUGCAGGAGCAGAACUACGUGGCCCACGUCCUGGCAUACGCCGGCUGCCUGGAGCCCUACCACGCGGGCCCCGAGUGCCCGGCACCGAACGGCAGGUCAGGCAGCCUGGGCCUUGGCCAGCCCCCCAGCCUCCUGCUCCUUGCCCUGGGGGUGGCCUCCCUCCUGCUGAGGAUGUGA